AUGUUCACCACCCCAUCCAAAGCUCGCGACGUUCGAUCGUCGACCCCACUCGCCGGUGGUGCGGGUGUGGGUGCUUCCCAUUCAACCAACCGACCUUCACGAGCUGGUACACCUGUAUUUGGUAGUCACGACCCGAUCUCUCCACCCUCCUUCCUGCGACGCGCAGAUGAAGCAGCAGGAGACGUUUCCUCCUCCUCCCUCUUCAUCUCCAGCAACACCGCUCGACGUACCGCCCGUGCGCGUCCACGCCCUUCCUCCAUGCUAACCGCCCCAUCCACCGGGCCCAACAUCUCCCUCCUCAGCCCCAACACCGCUUUCGACCAUCACCGCGAAGGAUCAGUCAUUUCCGACACAGAUGCGCGUUCCAUCCCCGGCACUGUCCACUCCACUACCCCUUACCGUCGCACUGCUCCCCUUCCACCUCCUUCGUCUAAAGGCGCUAAACCGCAACAACUCGAAGAAGGAACCGUUUUACUCGGCGACCAAUGGAUUCACGUCUCCUCUUACUCCCGUUUACCUACCGAAGUAACCGAGUUGUUGAGCGAAGCGGAUCUCUACAUUGACGCAUUUCAGGGGCAGUUGGAUGUAGCCACCGGUUACGCAUGCUUGGUUUCUCGCACGCAGGUGUUCGUGUGGAACUACACGAGUAGAGGUGCUGGAACUGGUAGUCCAACUUGUUUUGUUUUUCCGGUGCCAGAGUACACAUCAAGUAGUAUGACUAGUAUUAAUGAUUUAUCGCACGCUUGCUUUUUGACGAGAGGAGGUGGAAGUGGGAGUGGGAGGGAGCCAGCGCUAUUGCUUGUGGCACCUGAUGGACAAACUUGUCUCUGGGAAGGCAUCUCUUCUUCGUUAACGAGACAGGAUCGGGCACAGCGGAUUAGGGCGCCGCUGGGGAACGGGGAGACAUUGGUGAAGAUGGAAAGGGUGGAUGAAGGGACGGUUGUCCUUGCUACUAGUCAGUCCCGCUUGCUCCGCGUUUCGAUUGGUAGUAGAGCAGGAGUGCUUCAGGCGGAGAUCAGAGCUUUCUCCCAACCGAGGGGUCUGCUGGGGAGGAUCUUCGGCAGUGCUUCUGCCAUCAGUUCAUCCAACGACCAAAUCUCUUCUCUCGCUAUCGCACCAUCCCAACCGCAUAAGCAGGGGCGAGAAGUUUACGCCAUCGGCCACAAAACUUUGCAGAAAUGGCACAUCCUAGAAUCAGGCUCCGAACGUCUUCUUGCCGAACAAGACAUCCAGCAGGUCAUCGCUAGCUCGGUCCUUGAACAAUCGGAUGAACGAUAUUCCGCUGCACAAAGCCUCGCUUUCGACAUUCUCGAUGGAGCUGUCCAGGGCGAUGGAAAACUGGUGUUGCUUUUUUCUCAGAGUAGAGGCUCUCACGAACCGCUUAACUAUGGACUGGCGGUGCUGGAUGCGGUGAAAGACGCGGGGUCGUUUGUAAUUGCGGCUCUGAUCAGUAUCGAUUUUGCCAACUAUGCAGAUCCACGACCCUACGCGGUACCCACACUCAGCAUGCCCCGAGGCGGUCCAGCGGCAUUUGUCACCUUCGCAGAUACAGUCGUAAUCAAACAGCUAGAAGAGGGUUGUGAAGGAUUUGAAGAGGUAGUAAAGCUCAAAGAUGAUGUUCGGAACAGAUUCUUAGGUUUUGGAAGCGAUAGCGUUUCGGUUGGGGCACAGAACGCUAUUGCUGCUCUCUCACUUAUCUCUGCUAUCUCCGGAUCACUAUUGGUGGAAACGAAUACGAGCGAAGUUAAGAUCCGAUGCACGGCUUACACUUCCGCCGCGGAUCGCCAACGUGCAGAUACAGAACGGUUAAAAGGCAAACUGGAGCAGGCGCUAUACUAUUCCGAAAGCCCGCUAAACCCGUUAACGUUGAAACUUCCGGCGGUGUUGCAAGGUACACUGAUGACCGCGGCUGUACAGCUAAGUAGGGAGUUAUUGACGUUCUCCAACCCGAUCGCUCAGAGUGUUGCUCCGAGCGUGGAUCUUCGGAUAGCACUAAAGGAUCGCACCGCAAAGCUUACCUUGCUGAUCAGAUUCAUCGCGAGGUGCGGCCAUAUGGAGAAACUUGCUCAGACUACCAAACGUCAGCUCCGAAGCGAUGCAGAGCUAUCCGCUGCCCUAUCUGAACUCUGGGUAUAUCAGAAUGAAUUCUACUCGCAGUCGCAGGGACAAAGUGCACUUGCGAGGGCGAUCGAAGCAGUGAUGCAGGAGCAGGGCUUGGCGUCGGGCGGGGAAGAUGUGGUUAGGUUGUUUUUUAGACAUCACGCAGAUUUAACUCCAAGGGUACUGGAGAGAUUGUGGAGGCAUAGUAAGGGUGUUGUAGCGCAGGAGUUGGGAGGGAGAAGUAGAGGGGUGGUAGAGUUGAAUAGAGUUGUGAUUGGGGCUUUCAGAUCUGCCUUGCGCUACCGAAAGGAAUGUGGGGGCUGGUAUGGGAUUGUAGAGCGUGAUGGAGGGGUCUUUGAGGGAUGGACUGCGCAAAUGACCAGCGUUCAACUGCUCGAAUCUCUGUUCUCCGUCACCAGCAACGUUAUUCCUGAUCGAACGAGAGAACUCGGCUCGAGCAUCGAUUUUACCAUCCUCGCCAGCAGCGGUGGGGGUGGAAAUGAAGAACAACGCAUUCAAACCGAGCUCAAAUCCCACCUUUGCUCUCUGGCAGAGAUCGCACUUUCAUCCUAUUCCGAGCGGCUAUCGUAUCUCUCCUCCGCCGCAGCUGCUAGUUCGGGUCAGGGAGGAGGAGGUGGUGGUGGUGGUGGAGAUAGUGCGUUAGAAAGAGAACUUUCGGUUUUCUCCACAACCUAUCGUUCCGCACGACCUCGAUUCAUCCACCCGCUAGUUUCCAUCGGACGAUCAGAUCAAGCGUUUUCCCUAGCGGAAGAGUAUUGCGAUUUUCGAACGCUAGUCGAACUGUCCACCACGGCCAACCUGUACUCUGCUGCUCGACUGGAUUCUUAUCUGGAACGCUAUCGCGAAUCUUUCGCCUACGAGCUGUACAAUUUCUACCUCGAAUCCGACCAACCUAAACUCUUGCUCAGCCAGAAAGCAGAAUAUAGCUCGUUGGUGCUGUCAUACCUUGAUCAGACACAGAAUCUUCGAUUGGGCUGGCUUCAUGAUCUAGCGCUGGAGAAAUACGACGAUGCGAGUGGGAAACUAGAGAGUUUGGCAGUGGGGGAAGAGAUGUUGGGACAGAGAAAAUUGAUGUUGAGUCUGAGCAAGCUAGGUUUUUUAUCGGGUUGUACAGUGCAGGAUUUGACCAAGGAAGGUACGCAGAGAAGGAUUGAGGUUUGGGAUGAUUGGUUGGAUUUGGUCGCUGUUCAGGAGAGUAUGGUUGCGCUUUGGGGGAACUCUAUCGGGUCUUUGCCUAUUGAUCUUCCCAACGCAGGGACUGCUGCGGGGGAACAACUCGCUUCUGAAGUCACCGACACGGUUGCAACUCGUCUAACCGAAUACUCUGCUUAUAGGCGACACUACAUGCAUCUAGUCGAAAAAGUACUUGUUCAGGCAAAGUAUCUCAACUCGGAAGACUUGGUCGAUCUAUUGACGCUCAAAGACACCCCUCCGACGCAGCUAGAAGAUUUCGCAACGGCUAUAAAAGUCCUCAUCCGCGCCCAAGACGUUCCUGCACAACGCCUCAAUUCUUCCCUACGUGCAGUCUGGAGAAGAGCCGUGAUCAGGGACGAUUGGAUAGCCUUGAGCGAAACAGGUGGCGUCAGCGAUGAAAUGGUUAUGGCUGAUCUCAAAGCCACUGCACUCUACGCGGUCCUGAGGGAGGUGCUGGGUGAGGAAGGGAAUAGAGCUGCUUAUAUGGAUUUACAGGAAUUGGUAAAGGAUGACGGGGGAGAAGAAGGCGGGGAGAGGGGGUUAUUAGAGGCAAGGUUUGAUGAGGCAUCGGAUGAGUUCAUCUCGAACUUGAUGGAGGAUUGGCAGAAAGAGAGGCUUACGGUGAGGGCCUUUUUGGAUGAUUCGGAUUUGCCGCGGUUGGUUGGGGAAUUGGCGGCAGUGGCGGCUGUAGAGGGGGAAGGGCAAGAGGGGGAGGUGACGAUGCGGGGAAUGCGAGGUGAGGUGGAUGGUGAGGGGGAUGGUGAGGAUAGUAUGCUGAUCGAAUAA